UGUCGUCACUUUUCACUUACUGUCGCUCAAUUAUUCAAGUCAACAACUAAAUGAUUGUAACUUUCACUAAUAUCGGAAAAUAGCAAAUACUCCUACAUGGCUACCGCCGUCACUGCAGCAAUCGCCGCCGGUAUCUAUCCGUUGACCACCCACCGCGAUGCCACCCCGAGAAUCAGCACAAUCUUCAAAUCCAAGCUCUCCGUUUCCGCAUCCGCCGUUCGAACGGAGAAGCAGGCAGGUCCCUCCGUUUCCGACAACGGCGCCGUGGCGAAGAAGCAGCGUGCGCCGGCGCCGAGUAGCGGAGCGCUGGAGGAGCGGCGCUCGACUUUGAGAGAUUACUUGGAGCAGAGCAGAGAGUUGAUUAGUAGAUCGGAUGGCGGACCGCCGCGGUGGUUUUCGCCCUUGGAAUGCCGAUCGCCGUUGAAGGAUUCACCUCUUUUGCUCUACUUACCUGGUGUGGAUGGAGUAGGAAUGGGACUUUCAUUGCAACAUCAAAGACUUGGAAAGAUUUUUGAUAUAUGGUGCAUGCACAUCCCCCUCACAGACAGAACUUCAUUCACAGACCUGGUAAAGUUUGUUGAAAGUGCUGUUAAGACGGAGCAUUCUCGUGCUGCAAACAGACCGAUAUAUCUUGUCGGGGAAUCUUUUGGGGCAUGCCUCGCGCUUGCUGUUGCUGCUCGUAAUCCGGAUAUUGAUCUUGUAUUAAUCUUGGCUAAUCCAGCCACAUCUUAUGGAAAAUCCGUGUCACAAAGUUUGUUGCCGUUGUCAGAAGUGAUGCCUGAGCAACUUGGUUCCAGCUUGCCUUAUGUGCUAACUUUGCUGUUAGGUAAUCCUGCAAAGAGGGUGACAACAGCAGUGAGAGAUAAUCUUUCUUCGGAACACGUGAUUGAGGAGCUAUCUCAGGAGACUAUAGCAAUGUCCUCGUAUCUUUCUGUCCUUUCUAAGCUCUUCAGUGUAGAAACGCUACGCUGGAAGCUCAAUUUGCUCAAAUCGGCUGCUGGAUUUGCCAAUUCACGACUCCAUGCAGUGAAAGCUCAAACUUUGAUACUUGCAAGUGGACAAGAUCAGUUACUUUCAAGUACAGAGGAGGCGGAGAGACUUCGUCAAGUGCUGCCAAAGUCUAAAGUCCGUCUAUUUGAAGACAGUGGCCAUGCCCUCUUUUUGGAAGAUGGCAUCAGCUUGAUCUCGAUCUUAACUGCUACCAGCUUCUACAGGCGUGGUCAACGCCACGAUCAUGUCUCAGAUUACUUGCCACCAUCCCCCUCUGAAUUCAGGAGAGUCUAUGAACCACAAAGUUGGAUUGACGCUGCUACUGAUCCUGUGGUCCUGUCGACUAUGGAAAAUGGAGACGUCAUUAGAGGUCUUGCAGGAAUUCCUUCUGAAGGGCCAGUACUGUAUGUUGGUUAUCAUAUGAUGCUCGGCUUUGAGAUUGUGCCCCUCGUGUCCCGUUUCUGGAUUGAAAGAAACAUUCUUUUGCGAGGGAUUGCUCAUCCAAUGAUGUUUUCCAAGUUGAAAGAAGGGAGAAUGCCAGAUGCAUCAGCCUUUGAUUCAUUCAGGAUCAUGGGAGCAGUUCCUGUAUCAGCACCCAAUUUCUUUAAACUCUUUUCUUCAAAAUCACAUGUGCUCCUCUACCCUGGAGGAGUGCGCGAGGCUCUUCAUCGAAAGGGCGAGGAGUACAGACUAUUCUGGCCAGAACAGUCAGAGUUUGUGCGGAUGGCAGCUAAAUUUGGAGCUAAAAUCGUGCCUUUUGGCGUUGUUGGAGAAGAUGAUAUUGGUCAUUUGCUCAUGGAUUACGAUGAUCUGAGGCGCAUUCCAUAUUUCAGAGAUUCUAUAGAAGAGCUAACUGGGGAAGUGGUGAACCUGAGGAGCAACGCGGUGGGAGAGGUUUCAAACCAAGACGUUCACCUUCCAAUCAUCGUGCCCAAGAUACCUGGCCGUUUUUAUUUCUUAUUCGGGAAGCCUAUAGAGACUAAAGGAAGACAGCAGGAACUGAAAGGCAGAGAGGAAGCUCAAGGACUGUAUUUGGAAGUGAAAAGUGAGGUUGAGAAGUGUCUUGCAUAUUUGAAGGAGAAGAGAGAGAGUGAUCCUUAUAGGAACAUAUUUGCUCGUUUGAGUUAUCGGGCAACCCAUGGGUUCGACUCCGAGGUACCUACUUUCGAUUUCGGCCAUAAAGCACAGCAAUAAUGUUUAAGGUCAGCAAUGGGUUCAAAAGAAACUAUUACGGUUGUGUUAUAGUACAUUCUACAUUGCCACAUAAACUAUUUAUCGAAAAUGUUAUUUUAGUUAGUUUGAAUACAUGUACCUGUACAUUUUAGUAAUUAUAGUCGAAGUAGAUUCGUUCUUUCAA